ACUCUUUGGAACAGGUAGUCACCAUGUUCAGAUAUUAGCAAGCACAUAGGUGUAUGUCUGCAUUGGAAAAUGGCAGAGGGAAACAACAAUGAAGAGGUAAUUCACUUGAACGGCUUCCACUGCCACCGGGGACGAGACUGGAUCAAUCUCAGAGAUGGACCCAUCACCAUAUCUGACUCCUCUGAUGAGGAAGGGGUUCCAAUGCUGGUCACCCCAGCUCCUCAGCAGCAUGAUGAAGAGGACCUGGAUGAUGAUGUCAUCCUGGCGGAAACAAAUAAACCUCAGACAUCACGACCCAAUCUCAUCAAACCAGCUGCCCAGUGGCAAGAUCUCAAAAGAUUGGGAGAAGAAAGGCCUAAAAAGUCUAGAGCAGCCUUUGAAUCAGAUAAGAACCGCUUUUUUUCUGUGUAUAACAACUCGUUGUUUGGUUCUGGGGCACAGGAUGAUUCUGAGGAUAACUACGGUGAAUUUCUAAAUCUUGGGCCUCCUGGAGUUUCUGAAUUCAUUAAGCCAAGUGGACAAACAGAAAGAGAACCCAAGCCUGGACCAAGUCAUAACCAAGCAACAAAUGACAUUGUCAACCACAGAGCAGAGCAGAAAAUCAUUAUCUUGAAAGAAGGUAGCCUUCUUUUUCCAGAAAGUGAUCCUUUGGACACUCAGAACCAGUCAUCUGAAGACUCAGAGACAGAGCUUUUAUCAAACCUCGGAGAAUCAACUGAUAUCCUAGAUGACCAGGCCAUCGAAGAAGACUGCUGGUUAGACCAUCCUUACUUCCAGUCUCUGAACCAACAGCCCCGUGAGAUAACAAACCAGGUUGUGCCUCAGGAGCGGCAGCCUGAUGUAGAACUGGGCCCACUGUUGUAUCAGCAUGAACCUUCAGGGUCAGCUUUUCCAAUACCAGAACCCCAGCAGGAUGGGAUCCCAGGCCCUUCUUCUCCUCAGCCUGCCCAUCCUCUGGAAGAGCUUGAAGACCAACAAUUAGCAAUAGAUGAUGAAGAGCCAGGUCCAGCCUUUCCACUGCAAGGAUCUCAGGAGCCCAAUUUGGAAAACCUUUGGGGGCAAGAAGCUCCUGAUGUAGACCAAGAACUCAUUGCACUAUUAGUGAAAGAAACAGAAGUAAGAUUUCCAGAUGUAGCACAUGGGUAUAUUGAGGAAAUAAUUCAUUUGAAAAAUUACUAUGAUUUGAAUGUACUUUGUAAUUUUCUUCUGGAAAAUCCAGAUUAUCCAAAGAGAGAAGAUAGAGUCCUUAUCAAUCCCAAUAGCAGCCUGCUUGCCAGCCAAGAUGAGAUAAAGUUGCCUAAAAUAGACUUUUUUGACUAUUCUAAAUUGGCUCCUCUUGACCAACGCUGCUUCAUCCAAGCCGCUGACCUCCUGAUGGCCGACUUCAAAAUGCUCAGCAGUCAGGACAUCAAGUGGGCCCUGCAUGAGCUCAAAGGACACUAUGCAAUCACCCGAAAGGCCUUUUCUGAUGCCAUUAAAAAAUGGCAGGAGCUAUCGCCAGAAACCAGUGGAAAAAGAAAAAAGAGAAAAGAAAUGAAUCAGUAUUCUUACAUAGAUUUCAAAUUUGAACAAGGUGACAAAAAAAUAGAAAAGAGGAUGUUCUUUCUGGAAAAUAAGCGGCGACAUUGUAGGUCUUAUGACCGGUGUGCUCUCCUUCCAGCUGUGCAGCAAGAGCAGGAGUUCUAUGAGCAGAAAAUCAAAGAGAUGGCAGAGCAUGAAGACUUUUUGCUUGCCCUGCAGAUGAAUGAAGAACAGUAUCAAAAGGAUGGCCAGUUGAUUGAGUGCCGCUGCUGCUACGGGGAAUUUCCAUUUGAGGAACUGACGCAGUGUGCAGAUGCUCACUUGUUCUGCAAAGAGUGUCUCAUCAGAUAUGCCCAGGAGGCAGUCUUUGGAUCUGGAAAGUCAGAGCUCAGCUGCAUGGAAGGCAGCUGCACAUGUUCAUUCCCAACCAGUGAACUGGAGAAGGUGCUUCCCCAGACCAUCCUGUAUAAAUACUAUGAGCGAAAAGCAGAAGAAGAAGUUGCUGCAGCCUAUGCUGAUGAGCUCGUCAGGUGCCCCUCCUGCAGCUUUCCUGCUCUGUUGGACAGUGAUGUGAAGAGGUUCAGUUGUCCCAAUCCUCGCUGCCGAAAGGAAACCUGUAGGAAGUGUCAGGGACUCUGGAAAGAGCACAACGGUCUCACUUGUGAAGAACUGGCUGAAAAAGAUGACAUCAAGUACCGAACAUCUAUUGAAGAAAAGAUGACUGCAGCCCGCAUUAGGAAAUGCCAUAAGUGUGGGACCGGCCUCAUCAAAUCAGAAGGCUGCAACCGCAUGUCUUGCCGCUGCGGUGCCCAAAUGUGCUACCUCUGUCGAGUAUCUAUCAAUGGAUAUGACCACUUCUGCCAGCAUCCUCGCUCCCCAGGAGCCCCUUGCCAGGAGUGUUCACGAUGCUCCCUCUGGACCGACCCCACUGAAGAUGAUGAGAAGCUAAUCGAGGAAAUCCAGAAGGAGGCCGAAGAGGAACAGAAAAGAAAGAAUGGAGAGAAUACCUUCAAACGCAUUGGGCCCCCCUUGGAGAAGCCUCCAGAGAAAGUCCAGAGGAUCGAAGCCCUGCCGAGGCCCGUCCCACAGAACCUGCACCAGCCACAGAUCCCCCCCUACGCCUUUGUGCACCCAGCCUUCCCCCUGCCUCCCGUCCGGCCCAUGUUCAACAACUUCCCCCUCAACAUGGGCCCCAUCCCAGCACCCUAUGUGCCCCCUCUGCCCAAUGUACGAGUCAAUUACGACUUCGCCCCCGUCCACAUGCCACUGGAGCACAACCUGCCUAUGCACUUUGGCCCCCAGCCACGGCAUCGUUUCUGACACCCAGGCCCCACCCCUCCUGGGAGCCCCGCCAAGCAUCCUGUGCAGGCUGGAGGCUGGAUAGAUGCUCCUUUGCCCCCAAGGCUGAUGGCUCUGCCCAUGCCUGCUAAGUAGGGAUGACGGACUUAACUGUUGAAUGGAUAGGCUGGAUUUCUUCCUGGGAAGGGCCACUGCUCCUUGAAGAGUG